AUGAAACCACUUUCAGUGUAUAUUCAAGCUUUUGAUUGGAAUGACUACUCGGAUGACAUUAAUAUGGGCAUUAAGGAAGGGAAAAUUAUGAGAGAUUUUAAUACGUGGCCAACAACUGAGUAUCCUUUUGAUGGAGUAUUUGAAGAUCCUGUAGAUUGUUCAGAAUUGUUUAAUGUUGCUGUGAAACCAAUUGUUGAACAAGCCAUGUUAGGUUUUGAUGGAACUGUUUUAUUAUUUGAAGAUGAGGCUCAUAGAAAAACAUUAAUGCGUCAUGAGAAGGGCUUAAUAUUUCACACCUUUGAAAAGUUGUUUGAAAUGAUUGAAGGAAAGCACGAUCAAGUCACAAUUUAUGCCUCCUCCCUAAUGUUGUGUAAUCAAUUAUUUUAUGAUGUUUUGGAUUCAACAACUCCGAGAGUUAAAUUUAAGGAAUUACCUAACAAGACACUUUGCUUUGAAGGAUUGAAAAGAGUUCCUGUUCUCUCAAUGAAAGUUGUGAAUGAAUUGGUGAAUGCUGGAAUGAAACAUUCAACACUUUUUGCUACUCAACAUGGAUCGACAAAUACUAGACAUGCUGUUUAUUAUAUGAUUAUUGAAAUUGAGCAAAGAGAAUGGAAGGAAGAGGAUAAAAGUUUUCAAAUUUUGAAGAGUGAAAUCAAGUUUGUGGAUAUUAUGAAUUACUUUUUGGAAACUUCCAAACUAGGAUUGGAAAUGGCAAAAACUUAUGAUCAGUUUUUGUCUGUGGUAAACAGAUUGACAACAGGUGAAAAAUUCAUUCCAUACAGAGAUAAUGUUCUGACACAUAGCUUGAGAGAAGGUUUAGGCGGCAAUUCGAAUACAUCAAUCGUAUUUAGUAUUGGAACAACAAAACAACAAAUUUUGAAAACUAUUCAAAUUGCUUCAUCAUUCUCAAAGAUUGUUAAUCAUCCUAAGAAGCAUAUUGCAACAGAAUCUCAAGCAGUGGUUGUCUUGCAUGUUUAUGAUGGUAAUCAAUUGACAGACAUGGAAAUUAAGGACAACAAGGGAAAGUGCAUUGUUGACUUGAAAAAUAAUAGAGAAUAUCAAUAUGAUGGAGUUGUGGAAGAAAUGAUGGGAAAUACACAUGAUGAUAUGAAUGGAAUGAUACAACAAUCGUUUGAACAUUUAUUUUCUGAUCAGAAAAGUUCAGUUUCACUCAAAGCAUCUUGUCUCUGCUUAACAGGUGAACGAUUUCAUGAUAUUUUAAGUGCAAACUUUCCUGUAAUUAAAUUUCAGAGCAAUGAGGAACCAAUUCUUCACGGCUAUUCAAAGAUUUCACUUUUCAAUUUGAAAGAUUCAUUGGAAUUUUUGGAAAGAUGUUUAUUUAACACAUCUUGUUUCUACAAUCAAAAGGAAACGUCAUCAUUUACAAUGUCAAAUUAUAUUUUAAUAGAAGUGGAUAGGAGAAUCAUGGAUGAAAAUGAAAAGAAAGAGCACAUUCAUAAGAGUCAAUUGAAAUUUAUUCGAAUGGUCAAUUAUCAAUGUGAAGAAUUGACUUGUGUGUUUAAACAAUUGAAGCCUAUUGCAAGAUCAUUGGAUCUAUGUCAACAACCCAUCAUACCACUCAAAGGAUGUUCAUUUGUCAAGAGUUUAAAAGGUGAUUUCUUUGGAGAAUCGAAUAUGGUUUCAAUAGUGAGCUGCAAUCCAAACUCAGUUCAAGAAUGCAUUCAAUUUGCCACUAUUUUAAGCAAGAUUGUUAAUUAUCCCACUCAAAACAUUAAGGGAAGUUGUUUUUCUCUUGUUGCUAAUGGAACGGAAAGUUUGAUGAAUGGUACUAUUGAUGAUGAAAAACCGAUCGAACUAAGUAAAUUUGUACCAAAGGGAGUAAUUUCCUUCAACAAGCAUAACAUGUUAUCCUAUUCUACACAGAACAAGAUUUUUGUUGUGGAUCCGAAUGAACCAUCAAAAGUGGAGAAAAUUCCGUCAAAUCAUUUGUAUGAUGAAGUUAGAGGAUUAAAUUGGCAACUUUCUCAAGGAGUUGGAAUGUUAUUGUCUCAUGAUAGAUACAAUACUAUUACUUUGUGGAAAUGUGUCAAUCAAUGUGUUAACGAUUAUCAUUUAAGAAAGACUUUUUAUUGCGAGAAUGUAUUGUGUUGUAAAUGGUGUGACAAUGUUAUUACUUAUCUUAAUGACAAUACAACAAUUAAUAAUGAUUCACCAGAAUUGGAAGCUAGAUACACCCGAAAAUAUUCAUCAAUUGUUAAUUUACCAAGUGGAACUCGUUCAUUUAUUGCCAUCACAAGCCAUGGAGAGGUUUUAUUUUAUUUCUAUGACCAUUCAAAAUACAAAUGGGUAACUUCUAGUAUUCAAUUGAAUUUAAAUGGACUUAUUUGUGCAGAUUUCACAAUAUUGGAAGAUGGAAAUAUUUGUGUAAUAUGUUCAGAAAGAGAUAGUUCAACUAUUCAUGUUGCAAAGUUAGCCAUUGAAAGAGGUAGAAAUGUAGAUACUACCCUUCCAAAUAAUUUAAUAUUAAUUUCGAGAACUUGCUUCUCAAUAGAUGGUCUUGUUGCAGGUCUAUACUUGAUUCCAUAUAAGAAUAAGAUCAUGAUACAGACCCAAGAUAACAAAUAUAUGAUUUAUCACCAAUACCCUAAAAGAAUGAGCUUGAAAGCAGUAAUGACCAGUGCAGGAGAUCAAAGCUUGCAAUUUAAAGAUUCCAAAGACUCUAAAGACGAUAUAACCCACGCCCUAAAAUAUUGGAGAGAAGAUAAGCACUUUACUCCUCUUAAAGCCGAAAUGCUCUCAUUUAAAACUUCAAUUGAUGGAAAUUAUUUAUUAUUUACAGAUACCACUAAAGUCCAUGUAUAUAAAUAUGCUGCAGAAAUAAUGUCCUUCAAGCACUACCAAACAAUAGAUACCAAAGGAGAAACUGAUGAAUUAAUAUUGGAAGAACCUAUUAAUAAUCCAUUACCAAAAAAGAGAAAACUGACAGAGGAACCUGUUGAUACCACAAUUUGUGAUGCAGAUAUAUCCCCAAAUUGUUGUGUUAUUGCUGUUUUAGAUUCAUCUAUGAAAGUUAGACUCUUCCCAUUACAAAAGAGAUCCAAUGCAGAGUAUAUCAAUAUGCUUAAUUUAUGUCUUAUUAACAAUUACGACAGAUGGGAUUUAUUUGCAUCAAUCAAAAAAUUGGUGUCUCCUGAGGAAAUUACAACUAUUGGAGCAGAAUUUGAACAAUGCAGAUUGAAAUUGGAAAAUUCUUCCAAGAAUGUUAUUUAUAUUUAUUCUUUAGAAAUGUUUAUAUUUUCUAUUUAUUUGUAA